GAGCCAUCUUCCCCCGGCAGACUGCUCCGAGAGAGAGAGAGAGGGAGCCUGGGCAACAAGGCUUUACGGGCUAUUAUCAAGGGGAUCCCGGUGUCAUCGGGUGGAACAGACGCCCGGACGACCGGUGUCAGUCCGAAAGGGAGACAAGAGAAACCCGACGGACUCGUCGGACACUGUGCGCCGGAGCUGACGGAGGGAUAUACACCAGCUUUUUUUUUUUUUUUUUUUUUAAACGUCAGACACAAGAGUCCUGAUACAAAAGAACGGAAAACGUUGAGCUGGGAGCGGGGGAUUAAUAAUCGAAAAUCUAACCCGAGGAUUUAAAAAAAAAAGUCCAGACGAUACGCGAGUUAGCUUAGCACGUAGUCCUCACUGUACGAAGGGUAUUUAGCAUCACCCGCUUAAUGUAAACAAACAGCUAUUCAAGCUAGCUGAAGUUAGCCGAUUGGUGGUGGAGGGGAGGGAGGGGGGGGGGUUAGGAGUUAGCAUUCUGCUGCUAACAGCUAGCGUCGGGGUAGUUGGACCGCAGCAGACCGAACCGGGGCCGAGACAUCCCGGUGUGGAGUUGAGAACCCAAUUUAACCUCGACACAUUGGUCCUCGGCGGAUGACAGCUGCUCGAGUUGCGCCAGGAUGCUGCCAUUAGCACAGUUAGCAUCUCGGGGCUAACGUCGGCUAACUGCUACUCGCGUUAGCAAGUGCGGCAUAAUAACAAUUAACAACGGGGGGAGUAAAUGGAGACAUUCGGCAACAGCGACGCUACGUUCAAAUAAUAUAUUAUUUUUGUCUUCGUGUGCGGUGACAAGAGAUUAAACACUUGUACAAGUGGUGGUAGUGCAACAAUAGAUAAUCCUAAUAUCCAAAAGUGGUCCAGCUGAUUGGCUGAAAGCGGAGGGGACGUCGGGAUGAAGGGAAAAACAACUUGAUGACUUUCUGCUCAGACAUCUGAUCGAUGGCAGAGGAGCCAAACUGAGGAGAGGAUCAUCUGUGCAGGGAAGAAGUAGGUUUGUGAAGAGAGAGACACAAGAAGUCAGCACGGGGGGAGAGAGAGAGAGAGAAAGAAAGAGAGAGAGAGAGAGAGAAGGGGGGGGGGUCGUUGAAUCGAUUCAGUAGUUUGGAUUUGAGUCUAGAACUCAAUAACACUUUGUAAAAAAGUUUGGUGGGAGACGCUCGGUAACUUUAUCUUCCCCUUCUGACUAUUUAAAGAAAGAGCCACCCGCCUCGUCAGAGCUCGGAUCAUAUCGCUGCAGCUCGCGGGCCCAGGGGUAAGCCUCUCAGCCUCUCAGCUGUGUUUUGGUCGCUGGUGGCCUCUCCCCUCCCCCCGCAGUCGUCUUGAGACUCCUCUGUUCUCUCCGUGGCCCUGCGGUCGCAGUCCGCUGGACGCGGGGGCCGUUGAACGUUGGAUGUGAUGGAACUGAUGUUCGCCGAGUGGGAGGACGGGGAGAGGUUCUCCUUCGAAGACUCGGACCGGUUCGAGGAAGACUCCCUGUGCUCCUUCAUCUCGGAGGCCGAGAGCCUCUGUCAGAACUGGAGGGGAUGGAGGAAGCAGUCCGCCGGGCCCAACUCCCCCACUGUCAAAAUCAAAGAUGGUCAGGUGAUCCCGCUGGUAGAGUUGUCCGCCAAGCAGGUAGCGUUCCACAUCCCUUUCGAGGUGGUGGAGAAGGUCUACCCCCCCGUCCCAGAACAGCUGCAGCUUCGCAUCGCCUACUGGAGCUUCCCCGAAAAUGAGGAAGACAUCAGGUUAUAUUCCUGCCUGGCUAAUGGGAGUCCCGACGAAUUCCAACGUGGAGAGCAGCUCUACAGGAUCAGAGCCGUCAAAGACCCCCUGCAGAUCGGCUUCCAUCUCAGUGCCACGGUGGUGUCCAGUCAGUCCGGUCAGUCCAAAGGCGCGUACAAUGUGGCGGUCAUGUUCGACCGCUGCCGCAUCACUUCCUGUAGCUGCACCUGCGGCGCAGGGGCCAAAUGGUGUGCCCACGUGGUGGCACUGUGCCUCUUCAGGAUCCACAACGCAUCAGCGGUUUGUCUGAGGGCUCCGGUCUCUGAGUCUUUGUCCAGGCUGCAGAGGGACCAGCUCCAGAAGUUCGCCCAGUACCUCAUCAGUGAGCUGCCUCAGCAGAUCCUACCCACAGCCCAGCGGCUGCUAGAUGAGUUGCUCUCUUCUCAGUCCACCGCCAUCAACACCGUGUGCGGAGCUCCAGACCCCACAGCAGGACCCUCAGCAUCUGACCAGAGCACUUGGUAUUUGGAUGAGUCGACCCUCAGCGACAACAUCAAAAAGACUCUGCACAAGUUCUGUGGGCCUUCACCUGUCGUCUUCAGUAUUCACAGCGACGUGAACUCCAUGUACCUGUCGUCCACGGAGCCGCCGGCCGCGGCUGAGUGGGCGUGUCUGCUGCGACCUCUGAGGGGCAGAGAGCCCGAGGGCAUCUGGAACCUUUUGUCCAUCGUCAGGGAGAUGUUCAAGCGACGGGACAGCAACGCGGCACCGCUGCUCGAGAUCCUCACUGAGCAGUGCCUCACUUACGAACAGAUCAUCAGCUGGUGGUACAGCGUCCGGACGUCAGCGUCUCACAGCAGUGCGAGCGGCCACACUGGGCGCAGCAACGGCCAGUCAGAGGUGGCGGCUCACGCCUGUGCCAGCAUGUGCGAUGAGAUGGUGGUGCUCUGGAGGCUGGCGGUGCUCGACCCGACUAUGAGCCCUUGCAGGCGUCUGGAGCUGGCAGGCCAGCUGAAGCAGUGGCAUCUAAAGGUUAUUGAAAUAGUGAAGCGGGGGCAGCACCGCAAGUCCCUGGACAAACUGUUCCAGGGCUUCAAGCCUGCUGUAGAGUCCUGCUACUUUAACUGGGAAGUGGCCUACCCACUGGACGGCAUCACGUACUGCAGUGCUGACAAGAAGAGCGCCACGUUUUGCUGGUCCAGGGCAGUGCAGCAUCAGAGAGGGGUCAAAGCUGCCGCGGCAGGUGGCGGAGAACCUCCCGAACCGGGGGGAGGGGGCAGAGCUGAAAGUGUGGGAGACUUUAAAGGAAGAGGAGGCGGUCACUUGUCUCAACAGGAGCUGGCAGUGCGACCCAAGGAGACUAUUCUGACCAAGAGGAAGGGUCUGACAGUGAGCGGAGGCGGAGGGAUGCUGGUCCGUCUGGGAGGGGGCGUCUCUCUGUCCCUGGAAGAUGGAGGUGGGAAGUGCAUGUACAAAGGGCCAGGUUCCUCCUCCGGAGGGAAGCUGAAAAUGACACAGGGAAGUGGAAAGGGGGCAUCCGUGGGAGGUGCCGGAGGGAGUGCAGGGUUAGGAGGUGGCAAGCAUGCCAGUGCCAAGCGGAGAACCAGCAGUGAGGACAGCUCCCUGGAGCCAGACAUGGCUGAGCUCAGCCUGGAUGAUGGCUGCAGUCUGGCUCUGGGGGCUGAGGCCAGCAACACUUUUGAGUUUCUCCCCCCGCCACCAGAGAUGCUGCCCUCCCCUAGCCCACUCCUCCGAGACUCACGCAAGUACAGCGGCAGCAGCGGGGGGAACAAGGUGUUUGACACUAAGCGUGCCAGCCUCACCUCUGCCACGCUUCCUGCUGCAGAGCCUGCACCACCUUGCUUCCCCUCCAAGGAGACAGUGGUGGUUGUUAUGGACGCGCCCGUCGCCGCAGAAAAAGAAGCCGAGCUAGAGGUGGAGUCCAUCCAGAAUGGAGAUGAAGACGUAGACUCGGCAGGUAGUAACCAGCCCUCCAGCACUACAGCGAAAUCAGGCACUACUCAAACAUCUGCCAAGGCCCCGCGGGGCCGCAGAGAGCCAGCUCCGGCUGUAGCAGCAGGGAACGGGUCAGCAGCUGCAGGUGGACCGGCUAUCCAAGGAGCAGAGGCAGCGGGUGGAGCUGCUGCAGGAGGAGAAGCUGUGGGUGAGGACGACUAUCAGGCAUACUAUCUGAGUGCUGCCUCAGAGGACGGGGCAGACAGACCACUCACUGACAACCAUCAGGAGGAGGAGCCAGACAUCUUUGCAGGAAUCAAACCGCUGGAACAGGAGGGACGCAUGGAGGUGCUGUUUGCGUGUGCCGAGGCCCUCUACGCUCACGGUUACAGUAAUGAGGCGUGCCGACUGGCCGUGGAACUGGCCAGAGACCUUUUGGCCAAUCCUCCAGACCUGAAGGUGGAGCAGCCACAGACUAAGGGUAAGAAGAGCAAGGUGUCGACCACCCGUCAGACGCAGGUGGCCACCAACACGCUGUCGAAAGCCGCCUUCCUCCUCACGGUUCUCAGUGAACGGCUGGAGCUCCACAACCUGGCCUUCAGCACCGGCAUGUUUUCCCUGGAACUCCAGAGACCACCGGCAUCGACCAAAGCUCUGGAGGUGAAGCUGGCCUACCAGGAGUCGGAGGUGGUGUCUCUGUUGAAGAAGAUUCCUCUGGGCCUGGUGGAGAUGUCUGCGAUCAGAGAGCGAGGCGAGCAGCUCAGAGACGGAAACUUCUGCGACUACAGACCUGUGCUGCCUCUCAUGUUGGCCAGCUUCAUCUUUGAUGUGCUGUGUACCCCAGUUUGUGCAGUGGUGUCCCCAACAGGCUCCCGUCCACCGAGUCGCAACCGUAACAACGAGAUGCCGGGUGACGAAGAGCUGGGCUUUGUGGCUGCUGUUGCUGCACUUGGUAUGAAGACCACGGUCAGUGAGGCAGAACAUCCUCUGCUGUGUGAAGGAACUCGACGGGUGAAGGGCGACCUGGCUCUGGCUCUAAUGAUCACUUAUAAGGACGACCAGAGCAAGCUGAAGAAGAUCCUGGACAAGUUGUUAGACAGGGAGAGUCAGACCCACAAGCCUCAGACUCUGAGCUCCUUCUACUCCAGCAAACCAGCGGCCGGCAGCCAGCGCAGCCCGUCCAAACAUACGGCCUCUGGCCACAGCGGGGUGGGCGGAGCUGCCGGGGGAGGUGUCUCCAAACACGCCCCCUCAUCUUCUUCUGCGACCACCGUGGCAGCCUCCUCCUCCAGCUCGUCCUCUGCCGUGACACUGGCUGGAGAUGAGGUGGCUCAUCAGGCUGAAGUCAACACAGUGCAGAGCAGCACAGCGGGGGAGGGAACUGCCGAGACCAGGGAGCACGCAUCAGUGGGGGCUCCUUCAUCGAGUGACCAGCAGAAUGAGACGGCUCCGUUUAAGCUGGAGGCCACCGUGCCCAGUCGGCUGGCACUGGGGGCGCGCUGUGGCUACAGCCAACGUUGCUGGGGCUCACCUGUCCGGCAGAAGAAGAAACACACUGGCAUGGCGAGUAUCGACAGCAGUGCUCCGGAGACGACCUCAGACAGUUCCCCCACCCUCAGCCGCCGGCCAAUCCGGGGCGGCUGGGCAGCAACGUCCUGGGGGAGGGGACAGGACAGCGACAGCAUCAGCAGUUCGUCGUCGGACUCACUGGGCUCCUCCUCCUCCAGUGGCUCGCGUAGGGCAGGGGGCGGGGCCAGAGCCAAGAGCAAUGAUACCAGCAGGUACAAAGGCCGACGUCCAGAGUGCCACGCCCCCCAUGUGCCCAACCAGCCCUCAGAGGCCGCAGCCCAUUUCUACUUUGAGCUGGCCAAGACGGUGCUGAUCAAAGCCGGUGGAAACUCCUCCACCUCCAUUUUCACCCAGCCCUCGGCCAGCGGGGGCCACCAGGGGCCCCACAGAAACCUGCACCUGUGUGCCUUCGAGAUUGGCCUGUAUGCGCUUGGCCUCCACAACUUUGUCUCACCCAACUGGCUGUCCAGGACCUACUCCUCCCAUGUGUCCUGGAUCACUGGCCAGGCCAUGGAGAUCGGCAGCGCUGCUCUCAACAUUUUGGUGGAGUGCUGGGACGGUCACCUCACCCCUCCGGAGGUGGCAUCCCUAGCGGACCGUGCAUCGCGGGCACGGGACCCGAACAUGGUUCGGGCGGCGGCGGAGCUGGCCCUGAGCUGCUUGCCACAUGCUCAUGCCCUGAAUCCCAAUGAAAUCCAGAGAGCCCUGGUGCAGUGCAAAGAGCAGGACAACGUGAUGCUGGAGAAGGCCUGCAUGGCAGUUGAGGAAGCAGCCAAGGGGGGAGGUGUGUAUCCCGAGGUUCUGUUCGAGGUCGCUCACCAGUGGUACUGGCUGUAUGAGCAGUCGGUGGGCGGGGGCUCGGGUCAGCAGCGAGAGACCUCUGGCCGCUGCGGGGCGAACGGGGGCUCGGGCAGGCGGCCCCCAGAAUCCAACUGCGUCGUCCUUGAUAGCGGCGCCAACAUGGAGUCUGCAGGGGUGGCAACAGUCACCGCCUCCGUCACGGCGGCAGCCGUCGUACCUGUCAUCUCCGUGGGCUCCACCAUCUACCAGUCCCAUGCCAUGCCCGGGCAGGCCAUUGCUCACCCCCACAGCCAGGGCCUCCACCCCUACACCACCAUCCAGGCCCAUCUCCCCACCGUGUGCACCCCCCAGUACCUGGGACACCCUCUGCAACAUGUCCCCCGACCCACCGUCUUCCCCGUGACUGGGGCUGCAUAUCCACAGGGAAUGCACCCAGCCUUCAUCGGGGCCCAGUUCCCGUUCUCGGUGGCCGCUGGCCCCCAGCCACCUAUGGCAGCCACGGCUGUGACCUUCCCCGGAGUCCCCGUGCCGUCCAUGACUCAGAUUGCCGUCCAUCCCUACCACGCUGAGACUGGCCUGCCCCUCAGCACCACCGUUGCAGGUCAGCACUGCAUACUCCUUGGCAGCGUCCACGCGGGCCCCACCAUCCAGACCAUCCAGGGGGCGACUUUGCCCUCCCUCUCCUCCCAGCCGGGCUCACUGGUCGGCACUGCUUUCCCGUCAGACGACGAGCAGCACAGCCAGCCAAUCAGCCAGCAGGGCCUGCACUACCUGCAUUCUGCCUACAGAGUUGGUAUGCUGGCGUUGGAGAUGCUGGGCAGGAGGGCUCACAAUGACCACCCCAACAACUUCUCCAGGAGCCCACCCUACACUGAGGACGUCAAGUGGCUGCUGGGACUGGCUGCGAGGCUAGGAGUCAACUAUGUGUACCAGUUCUGUGUCGGAGCAGCAAAGGGAGUCCUCAGUCCAUUUGUCCUGCAGGAAAUCAUCAUGGAGGCUCUGCAGAGGCUGAACCCCGCCCACAUCCAUGCCCACCUCCGGACGCCUGCUUUCCAUCAGCUCGUCCAGCGCUGCCAACAGGCCUACCUGCAGUACAUCCACCACCGGCUCAUCCACCUGACACCCGCCGACUACGACGACUUUGUCAACAUCAUCCGCAGCGCCCGAGGCGCUUUCUGCCUGACGCCCGUGGGUAUGAUGCAGUUUAACGACGUGCUGCAGAAUCUGAAGAGAGGCAAGCAGACCAAGGAGCUGUGGCAGCGCAUUUCCCUGGAGAUGGCAACCUUCUCCCCCUGAGCCAGCACACUGGGCAAGGGUGUGCUGGGCCUGGGCCUGGGCCUGGGUCUGGGCCGAGCUCGACGAGUCCCACCCAGCGCCUCCCCUCCCCCUCAGCCUCCAACAUUGCUACUGCCACUGCACUGAGCGGGCCACAUUCAUGCUGUCUGGUUCUGUCAGGGAGCCUGUUCUCUGCAAUGUGGACUCGGCGAACACAGCACACAGGCAGGACAAUCAGCUCCAGUACCCCCUGACCCACAGACUUCCUUUUUUUAUGGGUGUUUGUCCACCCAGGGGAGAAGCCAGGUCACCUCCCUGCUCUCCUCUGUUUUUGACUGACUCCUCACUCUUGUUUUAACAUGGUUCAUGUUUGUGUAACUGUGGAAUUAAAGUGUACUCCCUCCUUUCUGCAUCUAACUCGUCUCUUCCAUUUCCCCUACACUGGAGACAUUCGAAGGGGAUCUGUCACCCUCCAUCCUCACCUCCUUUUCCAGUGUUUUUCGUCGAAUUUAAGUUUUGGUUUUGAACGAGAAACCACCGAGUGGGAGUCAUUUUCAUGCUGCAACAUUCCUGUCCAGAGUGGUAGGUGCUGUGAGGCCUCAUUCACUAAAUGUUUUGUCACUAUGGAUCUGAAUCUUUGCAGUGUGGGAGAAAAGGAAGAUUAAGAAGGAGUAAAAAAGAAGAAAAAAAAGUUUAAUAUGAGAAAUUAUAUUGUCAGUACGGGUUAGGAUUUUUCAGUAUUUUGUUUAAUCUUUUUUGAAAUUUUGUAUAGAAUAUGACGUGUAUGCAGAGAGGAAUGGGGAGAGACUGAGGGAAUAUUAAAGGUGGUGUUGUUGUUGUUGUUGUUGUGUGGAAUCCCUACAUUUCGGGGGGCCUGUCUGAGGAGUGACACAAAAACACGGCUCCAGACCAAAACCAGAGGUCGGCUAGCACCGCUGGACCGAAAAAAGGGGCCACUGUGAACCUCACCACGUUCACUCUUGCUCUGUCAGAACAUCAUCAGCACGACUCAGUAUCAUUUACUUCUAAAGACAGAUUUGUAUAAUUCAGUCUUUAAGGAGUAUUCUGAUACUGUACCUGGCCCCUUCUUUCCAGCAUUCAAAUGACUGAUGAGUUCAAAAAACACAGACAGGAGUCGCUGGGGUGGAUGACAGUCCCAGACGCUUCCCUUUUAAAAAAGUGUGGUGAAGCAGCAGUCCACGGCUCUCUGUUGGAUAUGAAGUUAACCAGAACUGCAUUUGCAAAACUAAAACCUUUCCCUUGUCACAAAGGGGCAGGAACAACAGUUCUGACCACAUGAAGAAACCACACCACGGAUAUUUAUGCUAAGUGGUUUUUGGGCAAUGUUCUGGUUUUACAAGGGAGAGAAUUAAGUUGAGGUUUGGCUUUGUGGGGACUGUCACACAGUGACUGUCUCAUUUUACAUCCCCCCCCCCUUUUCCUCGUCAAAGUUCACACUUAAACGGUGAACUUGUGUCGAUGAAUCGAACUCAAGCGCUCACUGGGAUCGGUGUGGUCAGCUCAUUAGACCAUGGUGCUGUUACUUCCCAUCCCCUGUCCAGGGCACCUUGCUGUGGUUCUGAGCAUGCGCCUCUCUGAUUGGCUCUGGACCUCACAGGUGAAGGUGACUUAGUAGAAAAUGUACUGUGAUAUUUUUGUAUUCCUCUAAAAGAAAAAAAAAGUGUAGCUUGAUUGAAAAGUUCUAUAUGUGCUGAUUGCAAAAGGUUCUACGUUAGAGUGAAAAGAAUAAAUAAUUAAAAAAAGCAAUACUGAAUGUGUAGAGUUUACUUAAUAAAGAUAAUUCAAAACUUAAA